AUGUCUUCCGGUUCUCUCUUCUCGCCUGAUCUCAUCUCGUCUGAUGUCGCCGCUGCCCUACCAGAGGGCUACACGAUUCGUCCCUUGCAGAAGAAUGACUACCACGCCGGCUUUUUAGACGUGCUUGCCGUCCUCACCACUGUCGGUGACGUCUCAGAACAAGAUUUCAAUGAACGCUUCGAAGAGAUGAAGGCGUCUGGCACAUUAGGGAGGGGUGCAGGUGGCUACCACAUAUUGGUCAUUCUCAAUGGCCAAAACAAGAUUGUCGGCACUGGUGCCUUGAUUGUUGAGAAGAAAUUUAUUCACAGUUUGGGGCAGGUUGGUCACAUUGAGGACAUUGCUGUCGCAAAGGAUCAACAGGGCAAGAAGCUUGGUCUCCGCAUCAUCCAGGCACUAGACCAUGUUGCCGAGAAGGUUGGGUGCUACAAGACCAUCCUCGACUGCUCAGAGGCCAACGAGGGCUUCUAUGUCAAGUGUGGCUUCAAGCGCGCCGGUCUAGAAAUGGCUCACUACUACAACAGAUCAUAG